AUGUUCUCGGAAUAUGCCUCACGCUUCCUCGCUCAGUCACAGUCACGACUAGCCUCUCGUCCAGAUGAGAUCCAAAGGACCGGCCGUGCUCAUCCCAACCAGCGUCAGAGCACCAGGAACCCAUCCUCCCGCUCUUUCAUGAGAAGCGGCGAUCCAUAUCGGCCUGGGACAUCCCAGAUCUCCAAUUUCCCAUUUGCCUCACGAGCUUCAGCACAACCAGCGCCUUUGUUCUACAGCGCCACCGAUGAGUUUCGAGAAGAAGACGAUGAGACUGAGAGGGAGCGCGAGGUUGCUGACUUCUAUGCGCUACAACGAUCAAGACGACAGUUUGGUGACAGCAAUCUCAAGGACUCCUCAGAACUAGAAGAUUCCUCUGAACACUUGGCUGGCUACCACGAGGAAGAUUCUCCAUACGACGAUCGCCCAGGUAAUGGGAAAGGGAUCAAGAGUUCUUGGCGUGGAGAAAAAGGAGCACCUGUCUCGCAUCACUCUCGCAUUGAGACUCUAGCAGAAGUGGUGGAGCAUGAACCUGGGCCAGUCGCAGAUUCGGAAAGAAGCAGGUUUCGAGGUAAAUUAGUCGAUAUCGGCCUGGAGGAUUCCCCAGGAGAUGUUCCCGAGGAUGAGGAGCUUUUGCCGUCAGAAAAUGUCGGUAAUGACCCGCCUAUUCAGCGCUUUCGUGAUAGACCUCCAACUCAAGAGGAUCUUUUCAAUUUCAACUCAUCCAGCUCUCCUGCUGACCAGACCAAACCGUUCACCUCCGAGAUGGCUCGACCGUCAAGUUCGGCCGGCUCCUUCCCUGCCUCUAUCGCGCCGCUUGCUUCAGAAAUCUCUGUGCAUGACAUCUUCUGGGGACAGCUGUUGCUUAUAUUGCUCGUUGGGCUGUUUGCCACAUCUUUUCUUGUCUGGUUGCAUACAUCUACCCCAUCCGGCGACGAGGGCAAAUGGGGUGAUACAAUCUACCUGACUGUGCAUGGUUCCUUCUUCCUUCUUGGGAUAUACACGCUGGUAUCAGUUCUCGUAUCUCUCCUCUGGCUGGCUUUACUUCGAUCCUACGUACGCCUCUUAGUCUACGUGAUUAUCGUCGCCGUUCCCACCAUCCUGUUCUCCUUCUCAAUGUAUCCCUUCGUGUCGAGCUUCAAGGGUGCAUGGCAUGGCGAUAGUGUUCAGGACAAGGCGAUGCGCUGGGGUUCUCUUAUCCCAUUACUCAUGGCCGGCCUAUGGACUUACAAUGUCGCUCGGAGUCGUCGAUCGAUCGGAAAGGCGAUUGGCGUUCUUGAAUUUGCGUGCCGAAUUCUAGCCGCGAACCCUGAGUUGCUGGCCCUCGGACUGGGUGUCCUUGUCUGCGUGGUAUCAUGGACCUGGAUCUGGAUGCUUAUGUUCACUCGGGUCUUCCUGGGUGGUCACCUUGCCGGGCCGCGGUCCUUCAUCAUCGAUCUGAGCAGCUGGUGGCUCGGAGUCUAUUUCGUCGUGAUCUACCUGUGGUCCAUCGGAGUGAUUGCUGGUGUGCAGCGUGCCGUUACAGCUGCCACAGUGAGUCAAUGGUAUUUCCAUCGCCUGGCGAGUCCAGCACCCACAUCCCGGCAGAUCGUUCAGGCUGCUAUCGUCCAUGCUACCACCACCUUGUUCGGCACGAUCUGUCUGUCUCGUCUCCUCAGUCUGUUAAUUCGGCUCCCUUUGAUUGUACUUCCUACCCGUCUAUCUUCAUUGCUCGGCCUCUUUGCGUACUCUCUGAUCCCGACACCCAUUGCCUUUUUGACGAACCCUCUCUCCCUCACCUACGCGGCUAUUCAUUCCCAGCCUUUGUCUGCCUCUGCGCGGGGGCUGAGUCAGAUGAAUCUUCUUGCCCCAUCGGCAGCCUCGACGUCGUUGCAUCCUCGGGCAUAUUCUCGCUCUCCCGGGGCUUCCGCAUCUCUGCUUUCCUAUCGACUUUCGAAGUUGAUUCUCCACGCCACGCGCUUGAUCAUGUCUUUGGCUUUGGGCUUCGGUGGCUGGGUCACCACGGCUCGGAGCUUGACCACCGCCGUCCCUGGCGGUACGAUUCGGGGCAGCUUGUAUGCCUACGUGGUUGGACUGUUAGCCGGUGCCAUUGGUUGGAGUAUUUUAGGUGCUAUGGAAAGCGUCAUUGCAGAUAUUGUGGAUGCCUCUGUGAUUUGUUGGGCUAGCGAAGUUGGCAUUUAUGGCCGGGAAGCCCGCUACUGCCGCGAGGCUGGUUGGCUCUUUGGCGAGUCCAACUCGGACUUCCGACCUGAGUAUGGAGAAGUUUAG